GACGAUCAUCAGCAUUCGGUUAUUUUUUGAUCACGUCAAGUGUCGUUUCAUUAUGACCCAGACACCUGAACAGACCCCCAAUAACCAAGAAACAACAACGACACAAAAUAUCCAUAAUACGCAAAGUCGUUUAUUAGUGCAUACAGUUGCAGGACCUGGUACUGGGCCUCCAGUACCUGUUCCUUGUAAAUAUUACUUGGAAGGCUUUUGUGUCCAUGGCGAAGCUUGUCGUUUCCAACACAAGUUACCAACGAAAGAGAACCAGUCAGAACCUUCUGCUAGAAAUUCCGCUCGACUUUCCAAACCGGUUUUGGACGAGUUUUUGCACAAACGCAGUGAAAGUUCCAAGGAAGAAGAAGAAGAAGAAGAUUCUGUGUUUUCUUUUUCCAAUAUGUAUGCAUCUUUAUUUUCGGAGUCCAAAGAAUACAACUUUCCUCGUAUUGGUAUAGACCUUCGCCCAACUUCUUAUGCUGAAAGGUUACUUAACCGGAACAGUCAAGAUAAACUACCCAAUCAAGGCAGUGCUGGUGAAAUGGAAAAGCUUGCCAACUAUUCUGUAUCCCAUAAAGUACCCAUCUUAUGCAAGUAUCAUGCGGACAAUUCUUGUCAAUAUGGUGACAAUUGUCACUACUUACAUGGUUUGGAGUGUCCGCAUUGUGGAAGAAAUGUUUUGCACCCUUUGGAUAGCUCCAUUCAACGUCAACAUUUGGAAGAUUGUCGACAAUUUUACCACUCAUCAGAAGAGGCAAAAUGUGGUAUUUGUUUGGACUACCCUCGUAAGAGUGGAAAAUAUUUUGGAUUGCUUGAAAAUUGCGAUCACGUAUUUUGUUUGGAAUGUAUUCGUCAAUGGCGACAACAUAGCAUAGAUUUUGGACAAGUUGUUCGUUUUUGUCCACUUUGUCGCACUCCAUCUUUUUUUGUAAUUCCAAGUCUGGUUGUUCCUGGAGAUGUACAAAGAAAGAACGAAAUCAUUGAGAGGUACAAGUCAAAAUUGACAACUAUUCCUUGUAAAUAUUUCAAUUAUGGAAAGGGAACUUGUCCAUUUUCAACCAGCUGUUUCUAUGCACAUUGUUAUCCAGAUGGAACAUCGAUUCAAAGAGAUAAGCCUAGAAGAUAUAUGAAUGCCGAUGGUGAAAUGGUUUUCGAACAUCCCCAUUCUUUAGCAGAGUUUAUUAUUCCAAAGGAGGAGAAGAAGAAGAAGCGCUCGUAGAACUACUUGGCAUUGGUUCUUUUUGUAAUGAUGAUUCCAUUUUCUGUCACCAACUAAUAAGCUCAUUGAAAAGUAACCCAUUUUGGAAAACGAUGCAGUAUAUUUCUCUGGAAAGUUUAUUUCAUUCGACAAAUAAGAAUAGAAUAUUUGCCAACACAGCGACUUCAUAUCUAUCCAUUUCGUGUGACUUUACAAUAUGUUUUGGCAUCUCUUAUCAAGUCUCUACUAGGUUGACUGCUUUUCUUAGCCAUAGGAAAGUGACAAGGUGAAAGAAACGCUCUUAAUAAAUCGGUGCUGUAUUUUUGCUUAAUGCGCAAACAAGUUUCAUAAAUAAUACAUUAUAUAC